AAUUCGCCACUGCUGUCACCUUGUUAAAUACGCCUUGACGCCUUGCUUGCAACUAGUUGUAGAUAUUCAGUGAAGUAACUAAUUAUUAACAUUGAUGACAGUUCUGACAGAAUUUUGAAAGUGUACGCAUAAAAUAAAGUUAUUACGGCAAACAAAUUGCAGAUAGUACUUUACUUCUUGAAUCGAAUUAUAAAUAUUUAAUAAAUUUUAUACGGAAGAAACAUUUUAAAAACGAAAGUUACUAACAACUUUACUUCGCGAUUUCCGCUUAUUAACAAGUUUUAAUAUAUUUUAUGUAUAUUAUUAAUUGUUCUACUACAAAUUCAUUGCAAUAUACAUACGUAUGAUAAAAAGCAAAAUUUUUUAAAAGGAAAUGAAAAAUAAAUACACCAGUGAAGAUGAAAUGGCGAGUAGCUGCAAAGAAAUGCUGCAUUGUGAAGAUCGGCAUAAAAGAAGAUGCAACAGGUUUACACACAAGAAGCAUUUAAGAUACAGAACAGAGUUGAUAGCAUUAAUGACUUUAGCUCUUUCCUUACUUCACUAUCAGAAUAAAACUUUCGUCGAAGGUAUGCAAAUUAUUUCACAUGAUUUGAUGUCUGAAUUUUCAACGACGCAUAUUCCUCAACUUUAUAUGGACACACAGAUUUUUGAAGAAUCACCAAAAUUACCAAAUUCAGAUAAAAAUGAUAAUGAAAUUCAAUCAUUAAGAGAGUCGAAUAAAGAUGUACAAUAUCAAAUAAAAACAGGCGAUAAAACCAACGAUUUACAAUUAAGCACUGAAAGAAAUGAUGAAAUUAAAGAUUUAUCAGAGUUAACUUCUGAUACUACAUCCUCCAAAAACUUGGGUUUGUCAAUUCGAAACUCUGUGAAAUCUGAACUAGAAAUCGAUAAUUUGAAAUCUUCACCCAUUUUAGACAUAUUUAAGGAGUUAUCUGAAGUAGACAAUUUUGAAAAAAUCAUCAAUGAAAAUGUAUACUCAAAAAAAGCGUUCUAUCAGCCGGAGUUUGCAAUGGAAGAAAAUGAUGAACAUUUAGAAUUGCAUGCGGAUGGAGAACAAAUGAAUGAAACUAUAUCUAAAAUAUACGACAUUAAAAAAAGUAAUUAUAUAGAAGACAAAUUUUAUGCAUUUCAAUCCGUUUUGAUGAAAAAUAAUAAUACAAAUUAUCAGGCGGAGGCAUCAACAAAUAAUAAUAAAUUAGCAAUUGUUAAAAAAAAUAUGUCAGCUAAUUUUGAAGAUUUGUCCAAUGAAGUAAAUGAAACUAAAAAGUUUGAUAAAUAUAAAGCUGAUACUACACAGAACUAUUAUAAUAAUACUUUAAGAUCGCAAACGCCAAUUACAAUUGAAGAUACUGAAAAAGUUGAAGCUUCAAAACUGGAAAAUAUCUUAAAAGAAGUGCAAGAAAAUGUUACCAAAGAUGAAACAAAAGAAUUUCAAACUCAAAUAAAACACUUUAAUAAACAAAAUUCUAGUUUAACACAUUUUAUUGCCGAAGAUCCGCCUCUACUUACAUUCGAUUCAAGUGAUUUUGUUACACAGUACUAUGAUAAUAAGUAUAAUGAUAUCUUAUCUGUGGACUUGAAUGAGACUAUUUCAACACCUUCAAAUAAUGUUAAAGAAACAAAUCUUUUAAAUCUUGAGGAAUAUUCGAAGUCAUACAUUGGAGAAACAACAGAUGAAUCUGAAAAUGCUAAUAAUACUAUUAUAGAUGAAGAAUUGGAACACGUAGUUAUAAAAAAGGUAUUGGAUGCCCAAAAAAUGUUCGAUGAUCCGUUGGCUACAACAAAUUAUCCCUUUUUGCAAAAUAAACUUCAGCUAACGUACACUGAUCACAACGACCAAGAAAAUGAUGUCGAAAAUAGAAAUUCAGAUUCGAUGUACCCUUGCACAAAUCACACAUCUCAUAUUGAUACAUUGUAUGACAGCAUAAAAACUGAUGAAUUAAUGCCUGAGUAUAUUAUAGUCAGUACUGGAAUAGAAGAAAAUUACGAAAAUAUAUCCACAACUGAUAUAAUUGAAUACUACCAGUCAACGGAUGCGAUUGACCAAUACGAAAACAAUUAUUUUAAUAAAACUGACAGUGAAAUCGAAAAUGUAUUGGUAAUGAGAGAUUCCGAUCAAAAUCCUAAGCAAGAAGACACGUUAAACAGUUCUGAACAUUUUCAAAAUGAACCCGAACAAAUUGCAGACAACUCAAAAAUUGAAGUGGGCGAUUCACUUUGGACAGGUGCUAAAGAACAUGUUCUUAAAGUGUUGUACCUCGAGAGUCCUCCCAAAGAAGAUAUAACUGUAAUAUAUGCUAAAGAAAAUAUAACAGCUGAAAUUGAUAAAUAUAUGCAGUCAAUGGAGACGACUGAAAAAUCUGAAAGUAAUACUAAUCUAAUUCAAAAUAAUCAAAACGAACAUUUGACUGACAUAACUGAAAUGAAUGAGGAUAUCAAUGAACAAGAUACAAAUCAAGAGAUUACAUUAAAGAAUUCUGGAAACAUAAAACAUGAAUCCGAACGAUUUGAUGAAAAUAAUUCCACUAUUGUGAUAGCUGAUGUUAAUAAAUAUACAAAGGUAAAUGAAAAAUACGAAAGCAAUUAUACUUCGACAACCAUUGCAAACGAAAAAAUAGAGAUAUCGGACUUGGGAAAAAUUUCGAAAGGUCCCCGAUCAGGAAGCAAACAUGUAAUUACAAUACCAUACGAUGAUAAAGCUGCAACAUUAUUUGAAGCAUAUCCCCCACGAGAUGUUGGACAAACGUUCAAUGAUAAUUUGGCAGAUGAAUCAACUGGAAUUGGAAAAGCUCUUCCCGUCUCAAUUUCUAACGGAUCCAAUCGAUCUACUAUAAUAAUUAUUUUUAGUUGUGGUACUGCUGUACUUUUUAUAAUAAUCUCUGUAACUAUAUUCCUUAUUUCCUUUCAACGCCAACAUGGUACUUUGGAUAUAGAAAUGCAUGAACGCAAUUGUGGUAAAGAUGACUUAGACGAAGAAGAUGCACAAACAUUUGCAAAAUUAUUAGAAGUCGAACUUUCUCCAUCAAUAGCUGUGACUUUAGAAGAAUCUGAAGAAUGUUUGUAACAAGGAUUACUAAAUGCAUUUUUCCCAAAAAUUCAAUACUUUUUAUGUAAAUAUUACCCCUGUUGAGAUUAUUUUUUAAUUACUUUUUUAUAUACGAGUAUUAUGCUAUAAUAAGUGUUUAUUCUUAAAUUAAAUUUAAAAUAAAAAAGUGUACGAUUUUUCGCUAAUUUUUACUUUAUAUAAAAUUAAACGAUCAAUUAUUUUCACAAAAAAAA